AUGGCUGAGCAUGAGCUGCCGAAGAUGCGCCGGGCCAUGCGCAGGGAGUACGAUGUUCUAUCCGCAGCUGCCCCGAACCUUGCUGCCAGUCAUCCACUGGCGGAGUAUCAGGCUGCCUACUCCUUCGUGGCGGCGCGGUCCUUCACACUGCCGCCAGAGGCUGGCGAGGAUGCUGUGCUGUAUCCGUUCAUCGACAUGGCCAACCACGAAAUUGGGGAGCCCAAUGCCACUCUCAAUUCGGAGGUGCUCGACUUCAUUGAAGCAGUUUUCCACCGCAUGUCCUCUAAUUGUGGCUAUUGGGUGAUGGGCGGCUGUUGGGCUAUCCUCGCUGGACUUAAGGAGUUUGAAGAACAUCUCCGCGAAGCAGCAGCUGCCCGCGUCGAGGUGAAGCACCAGGCUGAUGGCUUCACUGCCCAGCUGUUCUCGCAGCGUGCAUUCCUCGCAAGGCAGGAAGUCACUGUGGCAUACGGCUUCCAUCCGAAUUACUACGCAUUGCUGCGCUACGGCUUUGUUCGAUUGGAGCUAGCGGUGGACUGGUUGCCCCGCGGCGAGAAGUCCCGCUGGAAGAAGCUGCUGCGCAAAGUGGCUGGAAAUGUGGUGUCCUUCAAUGUGGAAGCCUGUGCAGUUCCUGGCCCUGGCCUUUCUGACGCCUUGGCCUUUGCGCGCCUUUGGUCUUGUGAGCAAGGCCCUGCGUCUCUCAAGCGCUGCGGCCUGGACUUGAACCAGGUCAACCAAGCCGGGAGAGUUGGGUCUGUAAGGCUAUUUUCGUUCGAGUAUCAUGUCACCCACCCCAACGACCCAAGCAAGUACAGACUUGCAAUGCAAAUCCGAAGUCGCAACCCUCGCCACAUAGCUGCAGGCGUCCUGGAAGGUGUAUGUAAGGUUUUGAAUUUGAAGCAAUGGGUCUUGGCUGUGUCGGGUAUCCAGAGCCAAACUGCACUUGCUCGAUGGUUCAAGGCGACUGCGAGCAAGGUACAGAGGGCCAGGGGGGCCGUGGUCGGGUGCUUGGUGGCCGAUGCAGCCGCCGUCCCGUGCCAUUGGUGUUAUGACCCCAGCAAGCUCGCAGAGCACCUCAAAGCGGCAAAGCGCGGUCCGGCCUUCUGCGAUCCCCCGGGCAAUGUCUUCUACACACCCCCACCCGGUGGCUUCAGCUGCUACGGAGAUCAGACCAUGGCGCUCCUUGAGUCCCUGGUUGCUUGCGAGGGGAAGUUGGACGUGGAGGACUACUGCUCUCGCCUGGAGGGCAAGUUUGGCAAAGGGAGUGCCUAUGAGGUGGAGGCUGUGGAUCAGGAGAAUUGGCCAGAGCUCAAAAAGAACCCAACAGACGCAGACGGCAAUGUGAUCGAGGCUGAAAGGAAGUGGAGCAUGCCGCUGCCUGGGCCGUGGCGCCACGGCUCCGUCAAGGGCUUCCUCAAGAACUACGUCGUCGAAAAGAAGAAGUCCCCAGAUUGCGGUUCCAGCGAUGAACAGGUGGAUGGCUGUUGCAAAGUUGCCCCUCUUGUGGCUCUCUUGGCCGGUGAACCGGCCUUGCUGCCUUGUGUGGACACCGCCGUCCGAGUCACGCAGAACACCGACAAAGCUUCGGCGUUCGCCUGCGGAUUUGCACGCGUCCUUGAGAAGUUGGUUCUUGGAACUCCGACUGUCAGCGAGGCAAUCGCAGCAGCCCAGGCGGAUCUGGCAAAUCCAGACCGUGCCUUCAAAACCAACCUGGAUGACGAAGUGGCAGCAAACCUUGCCCGGGUUGUGGGCGAGUUUUCCGGAAUGCCGCACUCAGAGGUAGGCAUGAAGCUGAAGCCUGAAUCUGCUGGAUUCCCCUUCGCCGGUCUUGCCUGA